AUGCUAGUGGGCAUUGGAUAUAAGGAGAUAGAAGUCUCGUUUCCAUCAGCUUCCCAGACCGAUUUCGACUUUACACAAGACCUCAUCAAAACUCCUGGAACUGUCCCAGAUGAUGUCUGGCUGCAGGUUCUCUCGCCCUGUCGUGAGGAGUUCAUUCGACGCACUGUCGACUCCCUGAAGGGCGCAAAGAAAGCUAUUCUCCACAUCUACCUAGCCACAAGUUCAUGCUUUCGACGCAUCAUCUUCAACAUGACCAAAGAACAGAGUAUGGAAAUGGCAGUACGGUGUACGAAGUACGCUCGAUCUAUUACAAAGGAUGACCCAGCAACUGCUGGCACAGAAUGGCGAUUUGAAUUUUCCCCUGAGACUUUCUCUGAUACCGACCCUGAAUUUGCUCUGCAGAUAUGUGAGGCCGUCAAGGAAGCAUGGGGGCCAAGUGAAGAGGCUCCCAUUAUCUUCAACCUACCAGCUACCGUCGAGAUGUCUACCCCUAACGUAUACGCUGACCUGAUUGAAUACUUCUCCACACACAUCUCCGAAAGAGAGAAAGUUUGUAUUUCCUUGCAUCCACACAAUGACCGUGGAUGUGCUGUUGCUGCAGCAGAGCUGGCCCAGAUGGCUGGUGCACAGCGCGUUGAAGGUACCUUGUUUGGAAAUGGAGAGAGAACUGGAAAUGUUGAUCUCGUCACCCUCGCUCUCAACCUGUACACGCAGGGUAUCUCACCUGGUGUCGACUUCUCCGACAUUCUCUCCAUCAUUAGAGUGGUAGAAGAAUGCAAUAAGAUCCCGGUUAACGAACGCUGGCCUUACGCCGGAAAACUGGUGUUCUGUGCGUUCAGUGGCAGCCAUCAAGAUGCUAUCAAAAAGGGAUUCCAAGCUCGUGCCGUCGCUGGCCUCAAAGACGACGACCCAUGGGAGAUGCCAUACCUGCCUCUCGAUCCACAGGAUGUUGGUCGAGACUACGAGGCUAUCAUCCGCGUCAACUCCCAGAGUGGAAAGGGUGGCGUUGCUUGGGUUAUUCUCCGCAGUCUGGAAAUGGACCUCCCUCGUGGCUUGCAAGUUGCAUUCAGCAAGAUUGUACAGAAGGAUGCAGACCGUCUAAACCGCGAAUUGAAGCCCAACGAGAUCGUCACUUUGUUCGAAGAGGCUUAUCAUCUCAAGACAAACCCUCGCUUCAACUUGAUAGAUUACAAUAUCACUGCAGAUCGGUCUACGUCCCCGGCUCCCCCGGCUCCAGGCAAGGCUGUCAACACUCAGAACUUGAAGAGGCGUUUCACCGGUAUCAUCGAAAUCGAUGGCAUACAACAUGGUAUUGUUGGCGUUGGAACUGGUGCUAUAUCUGCGCUUGCACAUGCCUUGAAUUCCCUAGGCAUCGACCUUGACGUUGUUAACUAUACUGAGCACGCUAUCGGUCGUACUAGAGAUGUCAAGGCCGCGACAUAUAUUGAAUGUACUGCCGCAGGCUGCUCUCAGAGCGUCUGGGGUGUCGGUGUCCAUCGUGAUGUUGUCCAAGCCAGUUUAAUCGCCUUGUUGAGCGCCGCUAGCUCGUUCCUUACCUCUCGAGCAAGCACUCUAUUCCGCCCAACUCGUACGCAAAAUUUUAGCCAGGCGGACAUUGAUGCUUUAGAACAGCUCCAAGGGUAUAUGCCACUUCCAGCUAACGGCUCGGAAAAUAAAAAGGUAAAUAUCAGCGCCUUGGAAUCUGCGGCAGAGAAUCUGUGA